UUGAACUGAGGCGUUAGGCUAGGUUUGGCCAAGAUGCUGGGGGUGUAGCCAGAAUAUUGUUCUCAGUGUUUUGGGCAAUGAUUAUUUCACUAUGACGUGGUUUUAGUGUUUAAUGGGGCUAGAGUUUGGGGCAGAGAUCCCUUGGGCAAGGCAGGAAAGUUUCUUGGUUCUGGUGGUGGGUCCUGAUGAUUGCCCAGAAGCUAGUGGAGGGUCCAGGGGCUGGCUGAGACUGGAUGGAAGUGGAGCUAAGAUUUCAGGGAUUUCGCGAGUGGGGCUAGGGUGCUGGUGGAGAAUGGCAAAUGGCGGGAAUGGAGCUAGAAAGUUUUUACUGAGCUGGGAGUGCAGCAGAACACAGGCAAGGAAGUAGGGAACUUAGAGGCAGGGGCGGGGCCAGAGUCUGGCGGGAAAGGAGGGGCCUGAAGUUUCACCCUAGUUAGGGGCGGGGCCACGGAGGUUUUUGGAGGUCGGGUGUGGUUGCAGCUGGCAGUUUUCUCUUGUAAGCCUCUGUAGAAGUUCUGUCUUCUGCCUUGAGUAUCACUAUGAAGGUCAAGUCCGGUCCAGGAAGGCCCCUGCAGUGGAUCCUGGGCCUGCUUGCUGAAUCUUUUCCGCCUUGGAGAGAGGCGAGGCCAGUACUUGAGAAUUCCCUUGCUGAAGUGCAAGUGCAUUUUUCUGAGCUCCCAGUGCUACAUGUGUUUUCUGUGAGGAAGAUCACAGCCAAAGAUGGCUACUACACUAGAUUUGAAAUCAAAGGAGGAGAAGGACGCAGAGUUGGACAAGAGGAUUGAGGCUCUUCGACGGAAGAAUGAGGCCCUCAUCCGGCGCUACCAGGAGAUUGAGGAGGAUCGGAAAAAAGCUGAACUGGAGGGUGUGGCAGUGACAGCCCCCCGGAAGAGCCGUUCCAUGGAGAAGGAGAAUAUGGCAGUGGAGGAGAAGAACCUGGGUCCCUCUCGGAGGACUCCUGGGACUCCUCGGCCCCCAGGGGCCAGCAGAGGGGGCCGGACCCAUCCCCAGCAGGGAGGCCGGGCAGGCGUAGGCCGGGCAUCCCGAGGCUGGGAGGAUGGUGCCGGGGAGCAGCUUCGAGGGGGUACUGGGGGCCGGGGCCGGAGGGGCCGGGGCCGGGGAUCCCCUCAUCUCUUAGGGGCAGGAGACAACUCAACCUCUGACCGCAAGUCCAAGGAGUGGGAGGAGCGGCGCAGGCAGAACAUCGAGAAGAUGAAUGAGGAGAUGGAGAAGAUCGCAGAAUACGAGCGUAACCAGCGGGAAGGGGUGCUGGAGCCCAACCCAGUACGCAACUUCCUGGAUGACCCCCGACGCCGCGGUGGGCCCCUUGAGGAGUCCGAGAGGGAUCGCCGGGAAGGCAGCCGCCGGCAUGGACGCAACUGGGGAGGUUCGGAUUUUGAGCGGGUGCGCUCUGGCUUGGAACAGGAGCGACAGCAGGGUCGCAGGGCUGGCCUGGGCAGUGGGGGCGACAUGACAAUGUCCAUGACGGGCCGGGAGCGGUCAGAAUACCUGCGCUGGAAGCAGGAGAGGGAGAAGAUCGACCAAGAGCGACUGCAGCGACACCGCAAGCCCACCGGGCAGUGGCGGCGGGAGUGGGAUGCUGAGAAGACUGAUGGCAUGUUCAAGGAUGGCCCAGCCCCUACCCACGAACCGUCCCACCGCUAUGAUGAUCAAGCUUGGGCAAGACCUCCUAAGCCCCCCACUUUUGGAGAGUUCCUUUCUCAGCAUAAGGCUGAAGUCAACAGCCGUAGGAGGAGAAAGAACAGCCGACCUCAGGCCAAGGCCCCUCGUGCCUAUAGUGACCAUGAUAACCGUUGGGAGACAAAAGAGGAAGCUGUGUCCCCAGCUCCCAAAUCCUCUCAGUCCAUGUCCCUGGAGGAGACACCCACACAGCAGCCUCCUGAGACCCCAGCUCCAGCCCACCGGCCUCCUGAGGAGGAUGGUGAGGAAGAUGUGGGAGAAGAGGAGGAGGGAGAAGAAGAGGGGGAAGAUGAUGAUGAGGAUGAAGAAUGGGAGGAUGUGAGUGAAGAUGUUACUGAGGAGGAGGAGGAGGAGGAAGAAGAGUUUGAAGAGGAGGAAGAGAGUCCCAAGGAGCAGGAAGCAGCAGCUGUUCCUGAUCACCAGCCUGAGGCUGAGCCUGCUGGGAAGCCCACCUGUGAGCAGGUGGACCCCGUGCCUGCUGGGCCCCAGGAGUUGCUGUCCCCAGUCCCCGUUGAACCUCCCAGCCCCUUCUCACCCUCUGAGGACCACCAGCCUGUGUCUGACUGGGGAGGUGACCAGCCAGCCCUUGCCUCCUUGGAGAGCAGGCCCACCUUGGCAGGAACCCUGAAGUCUGAAGAAGAGGGGUCUGAGGCAUCUCCAGGUGGGAUGCAUGAGGCUGGUGGAGAGGUGGUGGGCCCUGAGGGCCAGGAGACGGCAGAGAUCACAGACUUCCAGAGGGUGCGUUUCUGCAAGGUGGUGGCAGCUGCUCCACCGCCGGGGGCUGCCCGCUGACAGCGCCAGCAGACCAGGGCGCCUCGCUCUGCACUAACCUUCAGCUCCUCUGCUUCUGCUACACUCUGUACAGGACAGGGUUAAACUUAGGGGGGGGAGGAAGCAGGUUAGCAACAAGCCCGGACCCGAGGGGUGUCUUCUAAAUUUGCUGAGGAACCAAUGGGGCCAGUCAUACGGUACCCGUCUAGCCGAGGCUUCCAAGUCAGUUCCUGUGAGGCCUGGGUGCGCAGGAACCUGCAGCCAGGGCCGGAGGCUCUCUAGAGGACUUGAAUUAAACGCGUGCUACCGCCAA